CCAAAUCUCUGUACAUGUACUUCUUGGAGCCUACAUGAUUUUCACUAAAUCAGACCUUGUGUCGCAACAAAUUAUUAUACAGAGGGAGAUUAAUUACAAACCGACUCAACGCAAACGUGGAUAACAAGACAUUAUAUGCUGCUAUUCGUCCGUUGAUUGUUUUAGUAGUUCGGAGUUGAGGUUUCUUGCGCCCAGCCAUGGAAACGAUACGGAGAUGUCUUCCCUGAUGCCGCGAUCUCUCGCGUUAGAUUCCCCUAAAUAAAUGGAUACGACGUUACUGGCCUCAGCUGUGAUCGUUUGGGAAUGGCUCAACGAGCAAGGGCGCUGGCGGCCUUACAGCCCGGCCGUGUCUCACCACAUCGAGGAGGUGAUACGCAGCGAUCCCCGCGGCGGCAGCGUCGCUCUAGGCCAAACCGACAGCCGCCUCUCCCCCUAUAUCAUCGAUCUACACUCCAUGCAUCAGUUCAGACAAGAUACGGGUACAAUAAGACCAGUGCGAAGGAGUUUCUAUGACCCCAUAUCUGCACCGGGUCAGGGAUGGAUGUGGGAGUGGGAGAAUGAUGCAGGUUCCUGGACAGCCUAUGACACAGAGGUGAGCAUCGCCUUGCAAGCUGCACGAGACAGACAACAACCCUGGUUGGACCUGACACCCUUGGGAUUUUGCUAUCUUGUGGACUUCCAGACCAUGACACAGAUUAACAUGCAAACACAGCGACAGCGGCGGAUCCAGAGAUGCUCAGUCAUGGUUUAUCCACUGGUCUCUGGGCCACUGCCAAAAAAUUCACAGGCUUGGGGUAAUGGCUCGGGGGCUGGAGGAAUGUCUAGAGAAUUUACAUCAGGUGGUGGGUCGACUGGGGCUCUUCUUGGGGUAGGCGUUUCUGGCUCCACACUGAGAAGAAAAGGAAGUACGGUUUACCCAAGUGGGACACUUUCGGUGUCAUCUCUUGCUCCUGAUGGACAGCCAUGUGCCUGCCAGCAAUGCAUGCUGGUGUUGAGUGUAAAAGCAAAUGCCACAGCAUCACAGACCCUAGGACGCAAAUCUCACACAAUGAAGCCAAACCGUCCUAAAUCCAGUUUAAGGAUGCUUUCAAGCUCAUCUAAAUCUUUGUCUGUUUUAAACUCAUAUUCUCAUACACUACCACAUGGUGUGUCUUUAAGAUGCUCGCCCUCAGAAGAGGACAAAAAUUCGGCUGCCUUUGCUCAUUCAUUGUCACUUCUUUCUUCGGGCAUUGCCAUGCUCUCAGUCUCCUCAAGCCACUCGGCGCCACCACCUGUUCACCCGACCCCAACUCUGCCAUCACCCUAUCAACAGCCUCCUUCCACCCCUAGCUCAAUGUCUUCAGCAAUAUCGGUGCCAACUGCCAUGCUCAUUGACACUUCAAGUACCACAUCAUCCACAGUUCUGACAUCUUCAACAACGGUGCCCUCUCAAUGCUAUUCUGCCUGCUCUGCCCCUUUACCAUCUCGUGCCAGUCUGGCAGGACUUAGUCGGCCUGCUUUGCAGAGAAUUGCCAUGGCACAGUCAUGGGCACUUGUUGCUUCUGGGGUACCGACAGUACCAGUGAAGUACCUUGAUGGCUCCAGCCCUGUGCAGCCUGCUUUAGCUGGUAUUACUGGUAUUCUGAUGAGUGCAGCAGGACUACCUGUAUGUUUGACUCGUCCUCCUAAACUGGUUCUGCAUCCCCCACUUGUCAGCAAGAGUGACAUCAAACCAGUUCCUGGUGUUGGACACUGUUGCCGCAAGACCACCAAAAAACAAGCCCGCAAAGGUAAGACACCCGAGGAGGUGGUAAAGAGGUACUUUCAGAAGGUCAGGAACCCACCUGAAGAAGAUUGCACUAUCUGUAUGGAAGCUCUGGAAAGGCCUUCAGGUUAUAAGGGUCCAGGUGUGGUGAGUGUUACCCGGGCAGAGUCAGUAGGAAGACUGGCACGAUGUGGACAUCUGUAUCAUCUUCAGUGUUUAGUGGCCAUGUACAACAAUGGAAACAAAGAUGGCAGCCUGCAGUGUCCCACAUGCAAGACAAUAUAUGGAGUAAAGACGGGCAACCAGCCGCCCGGUAAGAUGGAGUACCAUGUCAUCCCGCACUCACUGCCAGGACACCCAGACUGCAAAACCAUUCGCAUCAUCUACAACAUACUGCCAGGCAUACAGGGACCUGAGCAUCCAAACCCAGGGCAGCCUUUCACUGCAAGAGGAUUUCCCCGUCAUUGCUAUCUCGCAGACAGUGAAAAGGGGCGCAAGGUGUUAGGGUUGUUGUUGGUGGCUUGGGACCGACGUUUGAUCUUCUCAGUGGGCACCUCUAGCACCACAGGAGAAUCAGACACUGUCAUCUGGAAUGAGAUCCACCACAAGACAGAAUUUGGCUCCAAUCUUACUGGACAUGGCUAUCCAGACCCUAGCUAUCUUGACAAUGUGCUGGAAGAGCUUAAAGCCCAGGGCAUCACUGAAGAGAAGGGACAACAUGAGUGAGGAUGGAAAUAAAAGAAAAACCAUUGUGCUGUUGGAAUUGGGGUAAUUUCUGAAUCACAGGAGUGUAAGUGAAGAUAUAUAAGAAAAGAGAACUUGAUUGCUCAUCAAAUGGUACAGUUCAGUAUGUAAAUGAGCACAGCGGUACGAGUCAUCUUUUGGUAGGGCUGGGUAUUGAUACAGAUUUCCCGAUUUAUUUUGAUUCACCAGCUAUCAAUUCAUAUGGGUACAUUUCGGGUAUAAUGCCAAUUUUGCUUACAUAUGAAAGAAUUUCUCUCUUCAAAUUAUCUUAGUUUUAAAGGAACCUUCUAGGUAGAAUUCAAAAAUGUAAUAGUUUUUAAUCAAAUUGGUCUUUAAACUUUUUAAUAAUGUUUAAAUUCAGUCUAUUCCAUCAAUUAAUGUUUUGAAAUGGCAUAUGUUGCAUAGAUAUUUUUGUUACUUGUUUAUUGUUUGCUUACAUAAUUUUUAUUAUUUACAAAUAUUUACAUUAUGUAGAACAGGUGCUAAAUUGGUACUGUCUCUUUAAGACAAGCGCAUAUAAUAAGAGAAAACGUGAAUGAUUUCUUUAGCACAUCCAUGUGUGAUUAGAAUUAAAUGUUUAUUUGUUGUUGUUUUUUUUUUAUCAACAACAGACUGUAAAGAACAGAAAGAGUAUUAAGAGACAUUAUUUAAUUACAUAUUGAUCUCAUCUUUGGACACGCAGUUAAACCAAACUUUUACUCCCAACACGCAGUGAAAGUAUCUCACUGCUAAUAAUUUCUUCUCCACAAUAUUGCUCAAUCACGGAGUGAAAUUUUAACAUUUACCAGCCAGUGGCUAAUAAUAGACAUUUUAGUCGCAUAGCAGGAGAUUUGGUCAUAUAUAUGAAUGAUUUACUUGCAUUAUAGCGGUUCGUGCAUAGAGUGAAAGAUCGAUAUUGUGAUUUAAGAAUUUAUCUCGAAAUUGUUAAAACAAUGCAUCGGAAAAUCUAUAUUUUUACCCACCCCUAUCUUUUGGCAUGUAUUCAUUCUUAACCUCAAUAAGGUUCUUGGGUAUGUAGCAACACAACUAAGAUACAAAUUAUAUUUGGUUGAAGAAAUGUGUAGUUAAAGGUGAAAGAUUGAAAGAAUGAGGGAAAAGAAAGUGACUGGUGUAAAAGGCAAGAAUGGGAGGUGGGAGGGGCUCAUAAGGUAGAGAAAAGGGAACAUAGAAAGACUAGGUAAAGAAGAUGAAGAUAGGUUUUAUUUGCAUAAGCAAUGUUGUAGUGCGAGUUUGUGUAAGUUGUGCAAAACAAUUGCAAAUGUGGGUGGAUGCAUGAGAGCUCUUUGACCUCCAAUUAGAUUCCUUGCUCAAAAGCAUUCCAAAGCUGUUUACGUCAAACUGAGAGGUAUAGUUUGCAUAAUUAUUGCGCGUUUAUGAUUGGUAAUGUCAUGAUAUCAUUCCAUGUAUUAAAUCUUAUACUAUUUUUGUAUGAAUGAUGUUGUGUGGAUAAUAUUCAGAUUAAUCAAAAUGGUGCAUCAAUCCUAGAUUGUCUUGUUAAAAUUGAAAAGCAGUUUAAAUAAAGCAAUGCAUUUUGUCUGUGAGAACCCCAACUAACUGUUCUUCCUUAGGUCUGAGUGCUCUUCUUUUAGUCAUCAUUAUUAUGGGAUUAAGGAAUAGUUCACCCCAAAUAUGAUAAAUCUAAUAAUUGUCUCGCCCAAUUUUCUUCACCCAAAGCAAAUUGUAUCGCUUCAGAAGACAGGGAUUGAACCACUCGAGCCGUAUGGAUUACUUUAAUGCAUCUUUAAUGUCCUCACAUCACACAUUCUUCAAAAUAUCUUCGUUUGUGUUGUGCAGAAGAAAAAAGUCAUACUAGUUUGAGACGGCAUGAGGGUGAAUAAACAAGAUAAUUUUAAUGGUACAAAAAGGUACUUCAAGCAAAGAAGCUAUGGUACACUUUAAUUGUGUUUAUAAACAGGAUGCAUUAAAUUAGCUGAAAGCAAUUUUUAUUUGAUUUUUUUAUACCACAAAUGUCCCUGCUACAUGAUAGAUAAUUACUGAGAUAGGUGUCUUGAGAAAUCACACCUCUCUCUGUGACAGCCUUGGGCUCUGUAAACCGCAAAACAUUCUCUUUUGCUGGAAUGUUUUUGGAGAUAGAUCAUGUGGUUGAAGUUAGCAAAACAGCUGAAUAGCUCACAGCACCAGUGAAUAAGCUCAGUUUUGAUACAAGAGAAAGUAAUUAAGGUUGAGCUGGAUAUAAGGCAUUGGCAAGAGGAAGAGCAAGCACUUGAUAGUUCAGUGAUCCCCAAGGGACAAUUUAUUAAUAGUUGACCAAAAUGAAUUGCCUGCCUUUUCUUUUGGACUGGGGCUUUAAAAAGAUUUAGCAUACAAUUCAAAUUGGCUCUUUACUGACAUUUUUUUUAUCCUUGUUUUUUUGGCCAGUCUCCAUGGUAGGUCAGUUAGUGACCUGUUUUACAAUGAUCCACUUCUAGUGACUUAAAGAACAUGCCAUUGUUUGGCAUAUGUGUGUGUUUUGUACAGUUUGAUACUUAUUAAAAAUAAGAGUGUAUGCCAUGCAUCCACCAGCUGGUGUUGAGGUACUGAUCUGCCUAAAUUUCUUUAUCCAUUUGUUUAGAUAUCUUUUUUAUAUUGAUGUUUUCUCCUAUUUUCCUAGUUUAGAAUAUUUUAGAUUGUUUCAUAUUCUGAAUUUUUAUACGAAAAUGUGUGUCUCAACUGUUUUUAGUUCUUUUUGUGCACCUACAUGACAAAUUCCAUUUUUGCUCUUAUGAAUUGUACAGAUCUGUGAAAAAAUGUGACCUCUCAAAACUGCAUCAUAUAAAGUGUCCUAUAAUCUGUUGAGACGUAGCCAAUUUUUUCUUCCAUUGUUUAAGGAGAUUGCCUUGAUGUUCUGCAGCUGCAGGUGAAUAAUUUUUUUGGAGAAUGUUUAUUUUUUUUUUAAAUGGAGAAACUUAAAAGAGAAUCAAAUGCUUCAUUGCCCUUCGUUAUGAACCACUAAGACCUAAUGGUUGAUGACUCAAUGACACAAUGAAAACUCAACAGUGGGCCCCAAAAUUAAUGGUUUUUGUGGGAAUUCAUCUUAUUUUUUUAUUCUUUAUCUUAUUCUCACAUAAAUGAUCAAUCCCCCAUCUAUACACACAUCCAAAGAUGGAAAUGUCCUCAACCUUUGUGAACAUAUUGCACUUUUAUGUUUAUGUUAAUCUGCUCACUGCUGAAUAGAAUAGAAUGAUCAGAUGUGAUGAAUGACUGCUCUACUGUUAUCCUGUCUUCAGUUCAAUGGUCAUUAAUUCAUUUAAAUGCUAUGCCAGAGGUUGUCAGGCAAUAUGCCAAUCACACAGCAUUAUCAGUAGCAAUCAAUGACAAUACAGUUUAACCUAAUUAUAUUAUAUUCGUUUUUACAUACAAACAGCAGUAUGGAGUGAGCAUAAACCUUUUUGAAUAAUUUCUGCUUGGUUUAGCGACAUUUUUAUGUCAGACUAUAUUGGAUGAAAACAAAAAUCAGCAUGUAAUCCGCAUACAUCAUUGAUGAGUGGAAUAAAUUGUUACAUCAUG